AUGAGGAAAAAGAGGUCUCAAGCUGAUGGCAACACAAGCUCCGAAGUAAAAGAGCUUACAGAAGAAGUCCGCUUGCUGACACGCGAAAUUUCAUCUUUAAAAAAUCGAUUAGAAGCAGCCACUACUUCACUUACCUCCUGCCACACGCGCUUGGAAGAACUUGGGUCGUCGAUAGCCGUUAAUGACCAUCGUCUAAAACAGUUAGAAACUCGUGACCAGCAAGUAAAGUUGCUUGAGGCAAAGGUGGAAGAACUUAAUCAGGAACUUAAUGCACAAGAGCAAAACCACCUCAGUAACGAGAUGGAAUUAGCAGGUAUCCCGGAGCAUGGCGGUGAAAAUCUCCAACAUAUCGUCCUCUUAGCCGCGAAAAAAGUUGGUGUUACUCUCGACGACUGUGACAUAGAUUGGGUUGCUAGAGUAGGACCACGUACUAAACCAGCUAUAUCUACCGAACACGAAGUAAAGUUCUCGAGACCGGUUGUGGUUCGCCUUCUUCGCAGAAACAAGAAGAAUAAUCGAUACAAAUUUGAAUUCGUUACUGAGGGCCUAGCGGCACGGAAUGUCAACAAUAAAUAUCAAUUUGAGCGUGCACAAGCCACCACUCGGGGCAACGCGAGACAGAAU